UCUCUGGCCGGAAGCUCGGGGCGGUGUUACCGGACGCGGUCCGGGCGACUCCCGCGCCCCCGGCGGCGCGGAGUUCCCGCCUUCUCCUUCUUCGACGCCGUCCUCGUUGUUUCCGCGCCCCCCCUCACCGCCCCCGGUUCCUCGGCUCCCGCCCCCCGCCCCCGCGCCGCCGCGGGAGCCGCCCUCGCCUGGCCGCCCCGCGGGCACCCGGCCUCCGCGGGGGCGGCGGGCGAAGAAGUAAAACCAGGCCCCGGCAGGGGCGCACGGGCCGGAGCUGGAGCCGCCACCGCCAGGGGAAGGAGAUGAUAGGUGGAAAUGAAUCCUGUAUUGCAGGAUCGAUGCCUGUGUCCUACUUAACCUGCCUCACUUACAUUCUGGGAGAAUGGACUGGUGUGGAUCAUAUUGAAGAUUAUCUGAGUUAUGCAGUCUACCUUUUAUGGCUGCUUUUUCCACUUGUAGUAGUUUUUCUGCUUCCGGGAGUUCUUGUCAUCCUCUUCUACACUUCAGUUCUCCUUCUUCAUAUUUAUAAAAGGAAGAAUGAAAUAAAAGAAGCUUAUUUCAAUGAUGUUUGGGAUGGUGCAAUUCAAAUGUUGGCCACCCUAUGGGAUGGACAUGGAAGAAUAUGGCAUGGUUAUGAGCUUCAUGGUUCCGAAAACCUUCCUGAAGGACCCGGGCUUAUUGUGUUUUAUCAUGGAGCUACACCUGCUGACUAUAUCUAUUUUGUGUCUAGACUCAUUAUACAAAGGAAGAGAUACUGCCACGUAGUAGCUGACCAUUUUGUCUUCAGGUUACCAGGUUUUAAAUUAUUACUUGAUGUACAUGGAGUUUUGCAUGGACCAAAAGAAGAAUGUGUCAAGGCUCUGAAGAAGGGCUGUCUUCUAGCCAUUUCCCCAGGUGGAGUUCGGGAAGCACUCUUUAGUGAUGAAAUGUAUACUAUUAUCUGGGGUGAUCGGAGGGGCUUUGCUCAGGUGGCCAUUGAUGCAGAAGUGCCCAUCAUUCCUAUGUUUACACAAAAUGUUCGAGAAGGCGUUAGGACAUUAGGAGGAAUAAAAAUAUUUAGGUCACUAUAUGAACGUUUUAGAUUGCCACUAGUUCCCUUGUACGGUGGGUUUCCAGUCAAGUUUCGUACAUUUAUCGGAAAACCCAUUCCAUAUGAACCAAAUAUAACUGCUGAGGAACUAACUGUGAAGGCAAAAGCAGCACUCCAGGAUCUAAUAGAAAAACAUCAGAAAAUACCAGGAAAUAUAUUUAGGGCUUUAAUGGAACGAUUUCAAACACAUCAAAAAGAUGAUUAAGUCUUCCAAGUAAACUACUAUUUAGUUACAAUAUUCUUAAAGCCGUAUUUGUAACUUAUUUGUUCUUCUAAUACUAGGUUUUAAAUACUGUCCUAAUGAUACUGCUGUAUAGUUUAAGAUAUAAGACAUUUUCCCUUCCCCCUGUCCAGUAUCAAGCUCAGGAACCAAAACUUCAAAUCAUUCAUAGAGGUGCAAAGCUUAGGUUUUGAUAAAUACAUUCCUACCUUGAAAGUAGUUUCUUUCUUUCCUCAAAAACGGUACUGCAAAUCUUUAUGUACAUGGUCUUGUCUUGUUUUUUCAUUUGUUCUCCCUCCCUGCCCCAGUUCCUCUCUAACCUGAAUAUUAGACCUGCUGUAGAGCUAGAGUCUUACUGUCUUGAUCAUCAUCACUGUAAUUAGGUUUUGCAGGCUUGAUUAAUACUGUAGAGCAUUUAUGAAAAUUUUCUUGUGCAGGUGGAAAACAGCCUUCUGCAGCCCGCAGAACAUCUAGCUAUGCCUACAAAACCUAUGUUGGAAAGUAUUUAGUUUUACUGCAGUAAGCUCAGAAAGAGUUUGCAGAAAAUAGAUUAGAAAAAUGAAGUGAACCAAGAAAUUUUGUUGAAGAAACCACUGCUCCAGUGCAGUGAAUGAGAACCCUACAGCACAGGUGCUGUUGCAAGCCAAGCUGUAUUGAAUAUCUGAAUAUCUGCUGUUGUGUAGAGAGCUGUCCCACAUACUUCUCAGUGAAUCUGCAAAUUCUCCUUUGAAAGAAAGAGCCAAGCAUUUAAAGUUUUAAGAAGGAGAAAUGAGGGUACUGUUUAGUAACGUGAGCUCAUAAAACUUUGUUUUGAAGGAAAGGAGAAAAACUAGUAAAACACUACUUUUAAAAGCAGAGAAAGACAGGAAAGUAGUUUAAAAAAAACAGGAUAGACAUUCUAAAAUACCCUUUAAACUUAGCAUAUGUGUAAACUGUUAAACAUCUAUAUUCUUCAAACACAGAUAUUUAUGUAAG